AUGAAUCCAACAAUGCAAGCUCCACCAUCAUACAGCACCUCUUCGAUGAAUCAUUUCUCCAACCAACCGCAAUUUGCGGCUCCGAACACAAAACCAAUCACUACAAUGACACAUCGUUCGACUGCCUCUGUCACUCCUGGAAAGCAUGCGCUUGCACAGAAACAGAAAACAAUCAAUCACCAAAACCGCCAACGUCAGGUUUCCGAAUGCUCUUCUCACUACUUACUAUCGACAUUCAUCAUGUGUCUAGCUGGAAAAGCGGCUAUCUACAUUCCACGACCCCAUCACAAGCUCAUUUGGACAGUCUUCCCAUUGAUGCUCCGUUGUGAUGGUCGUCUUACAUUCCAAAAGGCCAAAAAUGGGAAACGAAAAUCUAUCAACAGAACCAUAGAGACCCGAACUUUGAGUGGAGCCGGAUCGAUCGCCUGCCUAUUUCUUCUGGUCAUUGCCGGAUUCUAUAACGAGAACAAUCAUAUCUCAACAAUGUCGAUGAAAAGAUCACAACGAGUUCCAUGUUCAAUAUCGAGAAUUCAUUUCGUUCACUGCUUUUCGCUUGAACCUAUGUUACACAAACUGCUCUUAUGA